UCACAGCCUUCCUUUCCCUGCUGUAGGUUGGUGGAGCAAAGCCCCGUCUUGGAAGAUGCCUGGAUCGUCUUUUACCCUCCAGGGCCUCCUUCUGGCACUCAGCUGGCAUCCAGCUUUCCACUGGGCUGGCUGGUUGGCGCAAUGCCACACGACUUCCAGUGGGGCUGACGCAGUCCACAUUCGCGAGAUACCGUUAAAAUGUACGUGCGACAUAGCCUGGCUGCUUUCCAGGGAACAAAAUCUAUGGGGCUGGCUAGGAGGAAGUUCCCCAUCAAGGCUUCCUGAGAAAAAACCCUUUUAGGAGUCGCUAAAUGUGAAGUGCUGAGGGGGAGAAAGGGGUGGACGAGCCUUGCAGGGGGGCUAAAAAAAACUGAUGACGAAGAAUCGCACAGUAGUGAACAAACAUUAAACUGUCAAAUGUCGUUCAAUGGAAAUAAAACCCCCGACGUGGUAUAAACUGACUGCUGCUGAACUCCAAGUGGCCAACAGGGAAGGAGAACCUGAGGCUGAGCUCUAUUCUUGGGCAAGUGGGUGGCAAAUGAAGUUCUGGGCAGCCUAUGUGCCCUGCGACACCCAAAACAAAGACGCAGUAAAGCGAACUCUGGAGCAGAUUGAUGUCGUCCAUCGGAUGUGCCACCAAUAUCCAGAUGUCUUCAAGUGUGUUACUGACAGUGCAGGUAUCCGGAAGGCUUUUGACACUGGCCACGUGGCCAGCUUAAUCGGCGUGGAGGGGGGCCAUUCCAUUGACAGCAGCUUGGCCGUCCUGCGCACCUUCUACCUGCUGGGCGUGCGCUACAUGACCCUCACCCACAGUUGCAACACUCCCUGGGCUGACAACUGGCUGGUAGAUACAGCUGAAGAAAAGCCUGUUCACAAUGGCUUGACAGAAUUUGGGAAGCAUGUGGUCCUGGAGAUGAACCGGUUGGGCAUGAUGGUGGAUUUGUCCCAUGUCUCUGUGGAGACAAUGAAGGCUGCCCUAAAGGUCUCCAGGGCCCCCGUGAUAUUCAGCCACUCCUCGGCCUAUGCAAUUUGCUCAAGCAGACGGAAUGUACCGGAUGACGUGCUCCGCCAAGUGAGUGAGACACGCAGCCUUGUAAUGGUCAACUUCUACAAUGACUACAUUUCCUGCAGCAAUCAUGCCACUCUGGCCCAGGUAGCAGACCACAUGGACUACAUAAAGCGCGUUGCUGGAGCAAAGGCUGUUGGCAUUGGAGGAGACUAUGAUGGGGUGCCCAGAGUCCCUCAAGGCUUAGAGGAUGUCUCCAAAUACCCAGACUUAAUUGCUGAACUGCUGAGGAGGAAAUGGACAGAAGAGGAGGUGAAGGAUGCCCUGGCCAACAAUCUGUUGCGGGUCCUACAGGAAGUAGAGCAGGUGCGAAACAAUAUGACUCUCAAAGGAGUUGCUCCCGAUGACACACCCAUUGCCUUCCAGGAACUGGAAGGAGGAUGUCGAACACACUACGGGUACUCCAACCAAGGACACCACCUGAGAGCUUUGCCUGCUGUGCUCCUCCUACUAUUGCUCUGCACACUGAUCUAAUAGCAGCCCCAGGAUCUCCUUCCUUGUAGACUAUGAGGAUCCUGCUAGGUUAGGAAAGAAGCAUUAUUUCUACAUCCAAUUCCUAUCACACUUCAAAUUCUGCCCAAAUCUUGGGCUAUUCUCUUAUUACCUCCAUUAACUUAUGGCCGGUUACCAAAAUGCCAUUAGUGCCUCAAUUACAGCUCCUCCUUCCCUAUUGCGGACAUCAGAGGAGAGGCAAGCAAAAUUCUGCUUUGAACUUUUCAAAGUAUUUGCUAGUCGCCUUCUUUGCUCUGCAGAUACCGGGAGCGUGCAUAAUGCCGGACAUGCACGGUGGAGAGUACAGGGAACGACACCUUGCACCACUUAGGUACUUCUUCCGUUUGCCUGGCUUUUCCCCCCCCCCCACCUUAUGAAGGACAGAGAUUGCAGCGGAAAGGAUGACAAGAGAGUAAGCAGACACACAAUGGGGAAUACCGAUCAAAGGCAAUGCAGUGGCACCAGCAGCCCCGAGUGCACUACGCAAAAAGCCCAGUGUUCUCCUUUGCGUGGCUGUUUACUUCCUUGUAAUCCCUCCCUCCAAUGAAUGUAAAUACAAGCCUUAAUUCCCUCUCGUGAAUCAUCUUGCUGGGGUGGAGUGCUUAGGAAGUGAACAAAGCAAAGGAGUGAAACCAAUUAUAGUCUUUUAUUAGUUUUGAACAGGCUGUGUCCGCCCUGUGUAUGUGUGAACAUUCAAAGGGAAGAGUGUGGUGAAAAAGAUUCUGCAGUUGGGUUCACAUCAUUUCCUACUUAGCGAUUGCUUUGCCUAAUAAUGCCAGUUGCUGAUCCCAACUAAGGUCACUAAAUGAGGACUACCUGCAUUUUAUUAUAACCUGCAUUAAAAUAAGAGAACCAAGGUGUUGGCUUAGAACCGAAGGAAACCGCGAGUUCAAGUCCCACUGUUGGCUAACUGGGUGACUUUGGGCCAGUCCCUCUCAGCCUAACCCACCACACAGAGUUGUUCUUGGAAAAAGAGAAUUGGGAUACAGAUCUUUUUUUUAAAAAAAGCCUACCUUGAUGGAACAUGCAGGAUCCAUUGUCUAGGUAAGGAGGGCUGACUUUUGUUUUUAAGCCCCAAGAUCAGAUCCAGAAAGGGCCGCUUCCUGAUUGACUGGGGUAUUAGGAAACACCAAACAAUCAGACUGGCAAGAUUCUGUGACUAAUGCUAAUAUCAAUAAAAAGGACUUUUAUCCAAUUUCCUGUAGAGUUGAUUUCCUGAGCUGGUCUACCCAGGUGGCCCAGCAGAAAACGGCCGUCCAAAGCAGCCCCUCCCUCGCAGGGUCUCUUCCCCAGGAAGCAGUACCUGUGGAGAUGGGAAAGAAGCCCCCACCCCACCGGUGCUUGCAUUCCCUGCAGGAGUCCCUCUCCCGGUCAGCUGGAUCUCCAGCAUGGGCUUUCCCUUUGAUGCAGGCUUGCUAUCAGCUGCCAUAGUAAAGAGGAGGGGAGGGGAGGCACGGCAUUGGGGUUUGGGAAGUGAGCUGGUGUGGUGAAGGCCCACGUGAACUACAAGGAGGUUUGCUCUGAAGAACUACUGCGCUGCUGAGUGGAGCAGUUUACACCCAGUCAAGGCCAACCAUUGUAGCACUCCAGAUGGACGAUAUACCUAAAGAGGAGCUUCACAUGACAUUAUGUGGGACAUGGAUUGGACAUUCAGCCGGGGACCCUGGGGGUGGGGAUUUAAGGAAACUUUCAAGCUGCAACUUUCGCGCCUUUUGAAUCAGAUCUUGCCUUGUUUUCACUGCUAUCGUUUCAAACUCAGUAAAAGUACCUCUUCUCUA